CCAUCAGUGGAUCCGCUGCGGACUGAAACACUGCCCCGGACUACGGCCACCACGCCUCUAUUGUCGAAAAGACAAGUCGAUCUCAUCUUGAAUAUCUCAUCCCUCAUUUCUCACUCCCGUUUGCUAACCGACUCUUUCAUUCGUAACUUCUCACCGAUCUCUGUCUCAUUGUCAGUUGUCGCCAGUCGCCGCUAACCAGUAACCCGUCAACGACGAGACCUCAUUCAUCGCCUCAACUUAUCAACAUGGAAGACAACCGGAUCCCAAUAUGGCUGGACUGUGACCCGGGCCACGAUGACACCUUCGCCAUCUUAUUAGCAGCCUACCAUCCAGCAAUCCGGAUCCUAGGCGUCUCAACCGUGUUCGGCAAUGCCUCUCUCGAGAAAACAACCCGCAACGCCUGCUCCAUCCUCACUGCCAUAGGCAAAGCCUCAGCCAUCCCCGUCUACGUCGGCGCCUCGCGCGCCCUCUACCGCCCGGCCAUGCACGCCCCGACCGACAUCCACGGCGAGUCGGGCCUCGACGGCACCGACCUCCUCCCUCCCCCCACCGUCCCGCCCAUCACCUCGGUCCCGGCCAUUGACGCCGCCUACGCCGCCCUGAAAGCCUGCGGUCCGGGAACGGCCUGGGUCGUCGCCACGGGCGCCUUCACCAACGCCGCCGCGCUGUUCCUCAAGUACCCGGAUCUGGUCGCCCACGUCAAGGGGCUGAGCCUGAUGGGCGGGGCGCUGGGGGGCGGCUUCACGGGCGCCGUGCUGGGCGAGGUGGACGGGGUGCCGCGCGUGGGUAACUGGACCCAGUUUGCCGAGUUCAACGUCAUUGCCGACCCGGAGGCGGCCGCGGCCAUCUUUCAUGAUGGGAGGGGCGGGAUCCCGGGGUUGGCGGCCAAGACGACGCUGAUUCCGCUUGAUGUGAGCCACUUGGUGUUGACGACGGCGGAUGUGAGGGAUUUAGUGCUGUACGGGCGGGAGGAGGUGGGAAAGGGGGUUGUUGUGAAUGGGAAUGAGGAAGGGGCGGGGAUGAGGGAGGGGAAGACCAGGUUGAGGGUGAUGUUGGUGGAGUUGUUGAUGUUCUUCGCAAAGACUUAUAGUGAUGUCUUUGGUAUCACCGAGGGCCCGCCGCUGCAUGACCCGCUCGCGGUUGCUGCGGUCCUGGCUGGCGUGGGCGACCAGCACGAGAUCCCCUUCUGUGACUGCGACCCGGCAGGAGAGCCCGGCCUGGCGCAGAGGGAGCGGUACGAGGUGACGGUUGUCACUGAGGGCACCUAUGAAGACGCCCGCGCCGGAGCCCGGACCGGUCAAAUCACUGCGCGCCUGCUCCCUCCCGGCGAGGACGGCGUCAGAAUACCGCGCAGCUUGGAUAUCUCACUGUUCUGGAAGGUCCUUGAGGAGUGCAUCUCGAGGGCCGACGCUGCCAUCGCUGCUGCCUCCGCUGCCUCCGCUGCCGCUGCCGAUGCUGCCGCUGCCGAUGCUGUCGAGACCGUGGCCAACUGACUGUGUGCAAACACGGGUGGGAGAAUUGGCAGGUGGCAACUGGUGACUAUGCGCGGUUAGAUUUAGCGCUCUUCUUGCCUUGAGUGGGCGUCCUAGACUUAGACAUGGUUUACCUGGAUGUUUAGAAUGGCAACACGGGCGCCGGACUUCACGUACACUGCAAUGCAUCAGCUCUGGUCAUCAGAACACGUGGAAAAGAGGAGACAGAAAGCAAGGCAAUAGAAUGGUCUUCGGGUCGUGAAUAGAAAGAUUCUCGAGUGUUGGAUGAUCCCACAAGGAUCAAAGAUAUUUGAGGCUCCCAGCCACAUAUUCAAGAGGUAUUCAUAAUACACGGAAGGAAGUCCACCAACCCAAAGGUCUCGCUCCUGUUCCCGGCGCCUAACGCCAUCAUAGAUCACA